AUGGGCGAGGGCAGUACCACCGCUGCGGCUGAGAGGGAUGCUGCUGACUCCUCAUCUGAGUACAGCUCUCCUCUCCGUCGACCAAUGGUUUAUUAUAACUCCGAUGUGGCAGCAGUGGAUCUCUACCACAGGCAGUUUUUCAAGUACCAGGAAAAAAAAGAUGAGAAAGAAAUCUAUCGCUGCACGGGUAUCAUCAUCGAGUGGGAUGAAGUCAGUAAAUCUGCCACUCUUGUCACCUCUUCACAAAUCCUAUGCAAUGAGGAGUCACAGGAUAACAGUAUCUACUAUCCCAACACCAAGAUGAUUGCUCACCUAUUGGAUGGGACUACUUCUGAGAUGGAAUUGCUCUACUUUAGCAAACACUAUGAGAUUGUCUUUUUUAAGGUCAAUGGGGCAUUGGAUCUACAAGUCGCGUUGUUAGAUACUGAGUUGGAAUUUGGCAGUGAAGCUUGUGUGCUAGCCAGGGACAAAAAUCUUGAUUUGAUCUGUAGACGAACAACAAUAGUGGCAAUGGACCCUUGUGAACACCAAAAGAACCAUUAUUUAUUCAUUGAUGCUUCGGACUGUGAGGACUGCAAUGGAGGAGCACUGACAAAUUUUAAUAGGAAUAUUGUGAGUAUGGUAUUAUAUGCUUUACCCAAUGUUGCUUUUAUUCCAAGCUCUCUUAUUCUGAAGUGCUUCGCAUUAUGGAAAAAGUUCAGGAAACUUGGUCGACCUCAUUUGGGUUUGAAGCUGACUGUGAAUUUUCUGGAUAUAUCACAUUUAGAGAAUCUGUCUCGUGUUUAUGGUAUUAGUUCUGGCCUGAUUGUAGCAAAGGUAUCCAAUGGUUCUCCUGCUGAGAGAAAUGGAAUUAGAAUGGGCGAUGUCAUAUUUCAUUGUCAGCAAGAGUCCAUUUCAACCACAGCUCAGUUUGAAGAUGUUCUGCUAGAUGUAUGUGAGAAGCACUUUGAGAAGGGAAUCAACUUGAACUCCAAAGUAGAUGUUGAGCUCGUUGUUUAUAACUUACGCAAGCGUUCCAGGAGAACCGUCAGUUUGUCCGUAGAGUUAUCAGAUGGCAUGGAGGUCAUUGACUAA